GUGGUCAGCAGGUUCAAAGUCGCUCACAUAAGACACCUUAUUGUCUCCGUGAGUUACACCUGCCAACUGACUUGCCGGUAUAUUCUCUGUGUCUGACGGUAUUUCCAGGAACCAAGAAAAUGAGGGAAGUGAUCAGUGUCCACAUCGGUCAGGCCGGUGUCCAGAUUGGCAACUCCUGCUGGGAACUGUACUGUCUCGAGCAUGGCAUUCAGAAGGACGGUCGGAUGCCCUCGGACAAGUCCAUUGGGGGCGGGGAUGACUCCUUCAACACUUUCUUCAGCGAGACAGGGUCAGGGAAGCACGUCCCUAGGGCCGUGUUUAUUGACCUUGAGCCAUCAGUUAUUGACGAAAUCCGAACUGGCCCGUAUCGCCAGCUUUUCCACCCAGAACAGCUGAUCACGGGUAAGGAGGACGCUGCCAACAACUACGCCCGAGGCCACUACACCAUCGGCAAGGAGAUCGUCGACGGUGUGAUGGACAGAAUUGGGAAGCUGGCCGACCAAUGCAAUGGACUUCAGGGUUUCCUCAUCUUCCACAGCUUCGGUGGCGGAACUGGCUCCGGGUUCACCUCUCUCUUGAUGGAGAGACUCUCCGUUGACUACGGCAAGAAGUCCAAGCUUGAGUUCUCCGUGUAUCCGGCUCCCCAGGUGUCUACGUCUGUGGUCGAACCCUACAACUCCGUGCUGACCACACACAACACACUUGAGCACUCUGACUGCUCCUUCUUGGUUGACAACGAGGCCAUCUAUGACAUCUGUAGACGUAACCUCGACAUUGAUUAUCCUUCCUACACAAACCUCAAUCGUCUGAUCAGCCAGAUCGUUAGUUCAAUUACGGCCUCUCUUCGAUUUGACGGCUGUUUGAACGUGGAUCUUAACGAGUUCCAGACCAACUUAGUCCCUUAUCCACGCAUUCACUUCCCACUCAGCACCUAUGCCCCGAUUGUCUCAGCGGAGAAGGCUUUCAGAGAGUCAAUGACAGUUUCUGAAAUCACAACUGCCUGUUUCGAGCCCGUCAACCAGAUGGUGAAGUGCGAUCCUCGUCAAGGAAAGUACAUGGCCUGUUGUAUGCUGUACCGAGGUGAUGUCGUUCCAAAAGAUGUAACCGCAGCCAUUGCUAAUAUCAAGACCAAGAGAAGUAUCCAGUUCGUGGACUGGUGUCCCACAGGGUUCAAGGUCGGCAUCAACUACCAGCCUCCAACAAUUGUUCCUGGGGACGACCUGGCCAAGGUACAAAGAGCUGUCUGUAUGUUGAGUAACACCACCGCCAUCGCCGAGGCCUGGGCUCGUCUCGAUCACAAGUUUGAUUUGAUGUACUCCAGAAGGGCUUUCGUUCACUGGUAUGUUGGGGAGGGUAUGGAGGAAGGGGAAUUCGCUGAAGCGCGGGAGGAUCUGGCAGCGUUGGAAAAGGACUAUGAGGAAGUGGGGGCGGACAACGCCGAUACGAUGGGGGACGACUACGACCAGUCCGAGUACUGAGACGGACAUGUGCAAUAUCAAUCACGCGUUGUCAAAAAUACAUGAUAGUGUAUUAUAGGCAGGGAGUUGACAAGUUAUGCCAUUCACAACAACAAAAUGCAACUGUCAACUAUGACUGUUGAUAUAGUCACGUGUUAGUAUUGGAGACUCAAGCACAUCCAGCUCCCAUCCAGAUCAUGCAUGUAGUGCCAUGUGGAGUGAACAUUUACCGAUUACUGAAUUAUUGAAUUGAUGCUUUGGGAAAAGUAGUGUUUUAUCUGUUUUCAAAAAUUGGGAUUACAGUGUAUCUGGACCCUAGUGGUCAUUUACAGCGUUGAUCGAUUCCCAGAUGUGUGGAAUCCUUUCCUGGUGUACCCUGUCGUGACAUCCCUGAGUAGUUAGCAGUUGUUAUCGCUGCAACUGUCUAAAAUUACAUUGAAACUGGAUUUAGACUUAUUGGGCUUAAGUUAGUUGACGCCCAGUUUCAAAAGUUAACCAAUUGAUGAUUUCGAGUUUUGUUAAAAAGGCAAGAAAUGUAAAUUCUCGAGACAUAGGUGGCGCAUUUGGCUCAUUGAGAAAUCCCGUUGCCUUUAGGAUGACGUAACUUUAUGGUCAAUGUAUUUCCUUUUUCUUAAAAUCACGAGUUACACGCACAUUAUCUGUCUCCUUAUAAUAACGCCAGUUAGACGUGGUCGCCAGCUUUCCGUGCCCUGAUGAAACAAGAAAGUUGGGUUGGUAAACAUCAUUUCAUGGAAACAUUUAUAUGUUCAUGCAAAGUCCAAAGUUACAUUUGAGACACGAGUGGUUCUGUCCACAGGGGCGUGUCACGCUUAGAAACAGCGUUAGAAAGAAAUAUAGGUAUAUAGACCCUACCCUAGUACUAUCCUUUUAUAUAGUACUAAGGUAGGGUCUAUAUACCUAUAUGUCUUUCUAACGCUGUUUCUAGUAUUAGGGUAGGGUCUAUAUACCUAUAUGUCUUUCUAACGCUGUUUCCAAGCGUGACACGCCCCUGUGGUUCUGUCGUCACAGGCACCACAUUUCGCUGUGCAGAGUUGCGUCCCUUAGAAGCGCAAGGGUUUGGUCAAUGUGCACUGAAUUCCAAAAUCGACCGGAUUGUAAUCCUUCAUGCGUCAGCACCAUGCCCCGUGUCAUGGGCGUGCCCUUUUCUUCCUGUUACAAAUGAAAUACUCCCCAAAGCAGCGUUAAUUCAAACUCACUUAGUCUCACGCAAAAGUAUUUUAACGGCAUACCAUACGUUUAUACAUAGGGAUAUACAUGUUUUCUUAUAACAAUUAAAACCAAUGCUUACAAAA